AUGGCUCGUGGAGAAGGAACCACGUCAACAAAGACCGAAAAGGGGAGCAUCGCUCCGGAGGCUCAAUCCUUGGAAAAGGAGGAAGCGCCCAAGGAAACUGCCAAAAUCAGGGUUCCAGAAGCACCCAAACGCACGAGGGUGCCAGAUGCCGUUCAAAGGAAAUGGGCAGCCGAGAGACAGAAGGGCCCGCAACCCAGCAGACUGGCGCAGGAACUGCGCAACUACCAGGCCGAAAGGAAGAGACAUUCGAUGGAUGUGUAUGUCCAGAUCACGGGCCUGGACUCAGGAAAGACGCGCGGAGUCAAGGCGCUACUCGAUAGUGGCUGUAGCACCUGCUGCAUUGAUACCGACUACGCACGGGCAGAGAAGCUGGAUAUCCAAGAACUUCCCCAACCCAUUGUGGCUUGUAACGCCGACAACACCGAGAACGGAAAGCUCGGAUCUUCAUCGGUCUUGAUUGGCUGA